AUCUCUGCAAUUGAAACUUGGCUGGGCAUGCUCCGGCCCUGAUACGCACCAAUUUGGGAUAACUCUGGAAAUCCAAAUUGGUGCUUGGACUGGACACAGUCACAGACUAGAAAGGGGCAGCGAUAUGGCCAGAGGGAGAAGGAGGUGAGAGCGUGGAAGUGAACACAUAAAGCAACAGGAUGACAAACCAGCCGACAGCCAACCAGUCCAACGCAAACAAGGAGAAGGAGAAAGAAAACCAGCGAGAUGACAACACAGAGAUUGCGUAUAAAGAUGCUGGCCAUUGUAGCCGCAACACACACAACCUGCUGCUGGGACUCACGGUUAUGGGCGUCGUCAUGGGAGCUGUUUUUGGGAUGACGCUGCGGUACAUGCAGGUGACAGACAGCGCCGCCCUCACAAUGGUUUCCUUUCCUGGAGAAAUCCUUAUGAGGAUGCUGAAGAUGCUCAUCCUGCCUCUUAUCAUCUCCAGCCUUAUCACAGGGCUUGCUGGUCUAGACGCGCGCUCCAGUGGAAGGAUGGGUAGCCGAGCCAUGGUGUACUACAUGUCCACCACUGUAAUCGCUGCCGUCCUCGGGGUCAUCCUGGUGCUGGGGAUCCACCCAGGGAACCCUAAACUGAGGGGAGGCAACUCAUCAUCCACAUCCGCAAAAAACCAGGAAGUCAGCAGUCUGGACGCUUUCCUUGACCUGAUUCGAAACCUCUUCCCAGAAAACCUGGUGCAAGCUUGCUUCCAGCAGGUUCAGACGGUGCUGAAAAAGGUGCCGGUCGCAGCACCAAACCAAACUGAGCCCAUAUUAGUGAACAGAAAAAAACUGGAAUACAAAUGGGGCAUGAACGUCCUCGGUUUAAUUGGCUUCUUCAUCACCUUUGGGAUCUGCAUGGGCCGGAUGGGCGAGCGUGGGAAGGUCAUGUGUGACUUCUUCAACAUCCUCAAUGAAAUUAUCAUGACGAUGGUGUCCAUGAUCAUGUGGUACUCUCCUGUCGGCAUCGCCUCUCUGAUUGCGGGAAAGAUCGCAGCUAUCGGGGACCUGGAGGUGGUAGCCAGGCAGCUGGGCAUGUACAUGGUGACUGUCAUUGUGGGUCUGGUGAUCCACGGGGGCUUGAUCCUACCCGCUAUAUUCUUUGCAAUCACCAGAAAAAGCCCCUUUGCUUUCUACUCUGGGAUCUUCCAGGCAUGGAUCACAGCCUUGGGCACUGCUAGCAGCGCGGGGACGUUGCCGGUCACCUUCCGCUGCCUUGAGGAAAAUCUGAAGAUUGAUAAGCGUGUGACUCGCUUCGUGCUGCCCAUAGGUGCCACCAUUAACAUGGACGGCACCGCCUUGUACGAAGCCGUGGCCGCCAUCUUUAUUGCCCAAAUGAAUGACAUCACCCUGGACGGUGGGCAGAUCAUCACUGUCAGUAUGACCGCCACACUGGCCAGUGUUGGAGCCGCCAGUAUUCCUAGCGCUGGACUGGUAACCAUGCUACUGAUCCUGACAGCUGUCGGCCUGCCUACCCAGGACAUCAGUCUGCUGAUCGCUGUCGACUGGCUGCUUGACCGAAUGCGUACCUCCAUCAAUGUCGUUGGCGACUCAUUUGGUGCCGGGAUUGUGGAUCACUUGUCAAAGACGGAGCUCACCGAACUUGAUGCAGCCGAAAUGCAAACGCUCCCGCAAGAGGAGGAGCUCGAUUUCGUCCCUCCGCCGCCAAUCCUCACGGAGAUGGACAUGGUCGACCCUCUCAAACCGCCCGAGCUGCCUCCUCGUUCCCCUCGCCCACCCAAACAAAACCACCACAGUCACAUACUCUCCCAAUCCCACUCCAUCACUUACUCGCCAUCCCGUUCUGUCCGGUCUCCGUCACCACGCUCCAUCAGUUCUCCCUCUCCGCGUUCCGUCUGUUCCCACUCUCCCAGGCCUUUCCGUACUCAUUCCCCACGCCUCCUGCGCAGGACAGAGCCGGGAUAUUGUGUCCUGCCCAGCCAUGACAAUCAGAUUCCCACACUGCCGCGCUCCUACAGAGAGAGAGAGCGAGAGAGAGAAAGAGACAGGGAGCGGGAGCGACUGAGGCGAGAGAGUGAAACUGAGGAGGAAGAGGAGAGGGAGAGGGUUCUGGGCGAAGUGAGCGACGGUGAGGAGAGCGAUGACACCGCUUACGAUCGAAGGCACACCAUCCCACCGUGCGACCUGCCGUGAUCAGAUUUCACCACCAGCGUGUUUCACAGUCGAUUUGUUUCCACUUUUACGACAGGUUUUAACCACUUUCAGCUUCACUCUUCAGUGGAGGUACAGAGUGGGUUUCUAGCUGGUUGCAUUGCUAAUUUUUCAAUGCACGGAUCUUAAAAUGUCAUGAUGGCAAUGCAGUGUAAUAUUCCCAAGAAGGGCCCUUAAAAACCAGGCCUGAGACUUUUGCUCUGUGGUUGGAUGCUGAAAGAGUUUCUUUUCCUCCUUAUCUUAUCUACUCCAGUCUUGAUUUAUAAUUUUUCUUCUGAAAUCCACCCAAACCUAAAAUGUUCCCAAACGCAUAAACGUCCAAGAAUUCGACUGAUGCCAGAGAAUGUGAGUCUGCUCUUGAUGAAAAAAGUCUGCUGGUGUUCUUACCAGCCUUGUAACACACAAACAGGAAUUCAGUUUGCUCAGAUUCCCUUUGCUUCCCUUUAAGGAAGUUUUAAAAAAUGUACUUUUAAAAGAAAAAUUUGACAUUUUGAGGACAUUUGCAGUGAUGACAAAAUGUAUUCACAGUUAAAGACUAAUAUCAUUAACUGUAAAUAUAUGUAGAACUUCAGGUAGCUUUCAGUGGAAAAUGGCUGGCCUGGUUCUCUUUCAAGGUCAUAAAAACAUUUACUAGCACCUUUAAAUCUCAUUAAAUAACAGGUGAUGUCUUUUUCUAAUAAGUUUAAAAGCUGAAUUUAAAAUGUGCACUUUUGCUGGAUGUUUAAUUUUUCACUAAAGUGACAGUUUGAUCCUUUCAAAUCCUUGCAUUGCAGGUGGUCACCAGUACUGGUGGAUUUACUUCACUUUGGAGAUAGCCAGGAUAGCUGAUUCCUACUAGUGUUUUGGCUGAGAAAACUAGCUGGUAAAAUGUAGCUUUAUAUUUAGUAUACUGAAAGAAAGUACUCAUUUUAAUUCUGCUUUAUCGAUAUAAUUCCAAAUCAGAACAGUAGUCAACUCAAGGUGCUUUGAGUUGACUACGUUUGAGACCCUAUGGUGUUUUGGAGCGAAAAACUCCAGAAUCAGAUGAUCCCCUUUGAACAAGCAGCAGGUGACAGUGGGAAGGAAAAACUCUCUUCUGACAGGAAGAAAUCUCCAGCAGAGCCAGACUCGGGGAGGAAAGCCAUCUGCCGUGACUGGCUGGGAGGUUGGGGAAAAGGAAAAGGAUACAAAGGAGUAAAACGAGGUGCUCAUUGCAGUCUGAGCCUAUUGCAACUUAACUAACGGAUGCUCCAGGGUCACCUUGUCGGAAAUGAAAGUAGAGUUUUUCACACGUGAACUGGCUGCAGCUAUGAAGCUUUUCUAGCUGUUACCAAAUGUAAAUGUGGAAAUAUAAAAAUGCAUCUCAGUCAUUUCAUUUAUUAGUCUAUAACUUGCCAGCAUGAGAAUACAGAAGUUAUGUGGUUUCCUCCUGCAUGCCCAAGCGCCACUCGAAUUCAAACCAAAGUGAGAACCAGACUAAAGCAGAUGUGCUACACGUGAAAACUCAUCAUGUGCGAGGAGUUUGUGCGUGAAAGCCGCAAGACAAAUAGAUCUUCCUAUUUAAGACAGCAAAUAUCUUUCAAAAUGUUGAAUUAGUCCUUUAAAAAUACCAACUGAUACUUUACAUCUGGCAGGCAGUAUUUUUAUACAGUUCUCUUUACAUGUUUAUCCUCAGUGCUCUUUUACCUCAUUCCCUCUGACAUCAGUCACCGUUGAUGUUAAUAUUGUCUAUAUUAUCUAGGGUUUGUAUUUUCUUUGUUGUGGUCUGGUGUGUGAAAUGAUGAAUUUUAGGCCAGAAGCUGUUUCAAUUUUGUUGUUUGUUUAAAUUUACUUGUUAUUUUACUCUUACUUAUUAUUUAAAUUUGUUAAUUGCUGUAAAAUAUCAUUUUCUGUCCCACUGAACUGCCUUUCAUUUCAAACUGAACUUCAUGAACUGCCUCCCUACAUCCUUGAGUCUCAAUGCAGAGUCACAGGUCCAGAUUGUGUGUAUACUGUAUGUAAUAAAAUCUUAGAGAUUUAUUUAAAGUAA